CCCUCAUCUGCUCAAAAGAAAUUUAUAAGACUCUUCUCAGCUAACGAAUCUCCGACGUCUAGGAAAUGGACUACUGCUACUGCGUUCAAGGAAUCGAUGGCUCAGAAAUAUCCACCAGUACUUGCUGCAGCCAUGCCCGCGAACCCGCGCAGUAUGACGUCGAAAAUACCAACUGCGAGUUCCCAAAGCCAGGAAAUUUCCAACUUCGCAAGGCUCGAUUCCAGGGUUGCUGCUUGA